GGCUGUCCUCAGCAUCCCCUCUGUGAUGAUGGCGUGUGGAUGCUGCUGAUGCGGCGGUGCCUGGGGCCUAACCCACCGGUUACCGGGAAACCCGAAAGACGAGGACGCGAGGGGCUGGGCAGGAUGAGACCGGUUACCGGAUCACUGCUGCUGUAUCUCAUGUCAGUUUGUUUGCUCGCGUGAAACCGAGGAAUGAAGAUCUGCAACAAUGAUGCAAGGACUGAAAAAGCGUACCCGAAAGGCCUUCGGGAUACGGAAGAAAGAAAAGGACAGUGACUCCACUGGAUCCCCAGACAAAGACAAAUCUAAAAAAGCCAAUGGUGCACCUAAUGGUUUCUACGGUGAGAUCGACUGGGAUCGAUAUAACACUCCUGAUGUGGAUGAUGAGGGUUACAGCGUUAAACCCGGAGAACAUGGGGGAACAGCUCCAAAAGUCAACACGUUGCUCUCCUCCAGUGAGUCAGAGGGAGAGGAGGAGCAUGGGAAGAAAUUUAAGAUCAAGAUCAAGCCGUUGACAGCAAACAGUGGAAACUGCACAGUGUCUACUAUGGAUGAGCUGAAGGCCUCAGUGGGGACGCUGGCUAUCUCUCCUUCUCCUCUGUGCCCGAUGAAGCGAAAUCUAUCAAAUGAGGAGAUUGCCAGACCACGACGAUCUACUCCAACACCCACGACAACUCCAGGACCUGGUUCAGACCCGCCCAGGGAAAACACAAGAGCAUUCUUCGGCCCACCAUUUGAGACCAGUUUUGAAGAACACAACUCAGAAGUGUUCCUGGUUGAGCCGGAGCUCUGGUGUCAGUCCACUUCUCUCUCCACUUGUGUUCUCAGCAGAUCUCUGCCCACUGGAGCUCCGCCUCCACUUCCUCCAAAGAACAUUCCUUUCACCCCACCUGGACGCAGUUUUAGCUCUGUAGAGUCCUCCGGUUAUUAUAGUGUGGUUCCUAGCAUCAGAGGAGAUGGAUCAGCUUCAGUCUGUCAGGAUACCCCAUUAUCUGACCCAUCCGGAGGGGCGUCUAUGCCUGACUUGGACAGUGUUUUUGGGCCUGUUGAGACCCCCAGGUCUGGAUCAGAUGUGGUGCAGUGGAGCUGGGUGAGCUUCAGCGAAGGCUCUCCCGCCCGACCCCCUCCCCCAGAUGAACCCGCCCCUUCUCCACCGCUGUCUUCUUCCUCCGCGGAUUCACCCCCGUCCUCGCCCCUCAACAUGCCCCCUACCCCACUCCACUCCAUCCCGCCUCCAGAAUCACCUCCACCACCGCCUCCCUCAGACUCUCCUCUGAGUCCUCCAGUCCUCCCCCACUGCUUUCCGAUCCCAGAGUCCGAGCUUGCCCAAGAGUCCCCCACCAGCCCUGGACUGCCCUUCCUGCAAGCAGACCACCCACCACAUGGAACCAUACCUUCCCCUUUUGCCUUGAGAGACGACAGCAGGAGAACCCCUGACCUGGUGGGCAUGAGGGAUGAGAUUUCAGUGUUUGGCACAUCACCCAAAGACCUUGCAGCAGGAAGCUUCAGAGGAACCCCACCUCCACUACCACCACCUACUUACAGGAGUGUGGUGGGCUCCCCAGGGCCCGGCAGUGGGCCGUCCUCUCCUGCACGUGCCAGCACUCCCAUGUCUGCUGGCAGUCCAGUCCCACCUCUACCACCAAGACCAUCAUCACGACCUAAACUACCACCUGGAAGACCAAACCUAGCAGAUCUCGCCCGACCCUUCAGCCCCCCCAUCCACUCGUGGAGUCCUCCACCCUUUGCUCCUCUGGCCAGAGCUGAGAGCACCUCCUCCAUCUCCUCCAUCACCUCUCUGAGCGCAGCCUCUACACCUACACUAGGCCGUGAGCUCAACCUCUCUGUGUCAGUGUGUUCCAGAGGUCCAAGUCCUCUCACAAUGGGACCCCAGGACACUCUACCAGUUGCAGCCGCCUUCACAGAGACCAUCAGCGCUUACUUUAAAGGAGCAGAUCCCACUAAGUGUUUGGUGAAGAUCGCUGGUGAGAUGGUGCUGUCUUUCCCAGCAGGGAUCACCAGACAUUUCUCCACCCAUCCCAGUCCACCGGUGCUAACCUUCACCAUCAGCCAGUACAGUCGACUGGAGCAGGUCCUUCCUAAUCCACAGCUUCUGUGCUGCGACACCACACCACCUAUAGAUGAUUCAAAGGAGUUCUGGGUCAGUAUGUCAAACUUGUUGAGUCACCUAAAGAAAGUGGCUGAGCAGAGGCCACAGGCCACGUAUUACAACGUAGACAUGCUGAAGUACCAGGUGUCCACUCAAGGCAUCCAGUCCACUCCUCUGAAUCUUGCGGUGAGCUGGCGUGGUGAUGCCAGCAGCACAGACCUCAGGAUAGACUAUAAAUACAACACAGAGGCCAUGCCCACACCCACACCUCUCACCAAUAUCCUCUUCAUGGCAGCUGUGGACGGUGGCGUGAACAAACUGCAGGCUAUGCUCCCACCUGCCACCUGGAACCCAGAGACACAGAAAAUAACGUGGAAGAUUCCAGAGCUCUCACAGAAGUCUGAAAAUGGAGGGGUAGGUGCUCUUCUGGCUCGCUUCCAGUUAGCCGAGGGUCCCAGCAAACCUUCUCAGCUGGCAGUGCAGUUCACCAGUGAGGGCAGCACUCUGUCUGGCUGUGAUUUCCAACUCGUAGGUUCAGGCUACAGACUCUCCCUGGUUAAAAAAAGGUUUUCUGCAGGUAAAUAUCUGGCAGACAACUGACCCAGUCACAGUGAUGUAGGAUGGACUGUGAAUGAGAUGUUAGGAUGCUCUUUUGGCACUACAAAGACUUUUGAAAAUGUUUUUAUUGAAAUACAGCACUCAAAAUCUCACCUAUAAUGUCUGGUGUAGAAUAUCAUCAGUGUGUUCUGUGGGUGUGUGUAUGUGAAUAUUAGUAAAUAUUUUGUGUGUAUAUGAUAAAACUUCAGGACAAAUGCAAUACAUAGACUUCUUUCGCUGGGAUCUUGCAGAAGGCAAAGUUUCCUUUUUUAUUAUUGCACAUUCUCUCUCUGUCCUAAACCAAACACACCUAGUGGCAUUACAAUUUAACGAUACCAGGGUUCACAUAUGGAAUAAAUCUGUCAGAAGUGUUUGAUUUUCUUUUUAUUAUGUUGACAGAUAAUAAACAAUACGAUUUAACUGGCAUCAGUGUUAAUGUUGAUUUGAUGUUAUUGGUGAAUGCAUGUUAGAGUGCAUCACUUCUGUAUAGUUGGCACAUAAGCCCUUUGUUAAAUUAAUUGCUUAAACAUGGAUGUAAUUGACAUUGAAAAUUCAUGCAAAAAGUGAUACCUACCUUUUUAUUUUUUUAAAUCAUUUAUUUAUGUAGACAUUUUAGGGAAAUAAAACUUAAUUUUUGUCAGGGAUACAGAUUUCCUUAAAUCAAAGUAAAAUUAAGGAAUUGCUCAAAUAUUGGUGAAAUAUAAACAGUUCCCUUUCAGUCAUGUUCAAUAUUACUUCAGAAAGAGAAUGACGAAUGGGCUCUCGCCCGAGAGCCCAAUCACCUUCGAGUGGUAACAAAAGGAGCCAAUGGUACACAGUGUACCUUGGUCUGCUGGAUUUGCAUCGCGAGCUCCGCUGUGAUGGUAUGUAAAGAGCAGCACAAGCAACUAGCAUUCAAGCUUUUUCUUCAGGGCCGAGCACAUCUGCUCGUUUCACCUGAGUGCUUACAAAGCGAGUCAGCUGGUGUCGGUGUGACGGCAUGAUUCAGUGGUUCGUCAAGAGUUUCCUGCCUUCAGCUCUGCCACUGAAAGAACUUCUAAAAGAGUUUUGGGUUGUGUUUGCGGCUUUUUAAAUAUGUUAUUACUAGGGAUGUCCAGAUGCGAUCACGUGAUCAGAAAUUUCAAGUCAUCUCCAGCAGGUGAUAAAUAAAGUUUAUGAACAAAGCAGUGCUGAUAGACAUAGAAUUUAUUACAGUAUAGAAACUAUUCUGCCUUAUUAUGUGAUAAACAGUGUAUGUAGUAUAUAAACAAAUCAUUAUUAUUUGUUAUCGCGCAGCAGUUAUAGAUUUCUAAACAAAUUUAAAUGGAUCUGUUUUUACGCUAUUCUUUAUUCUUUUUUUAUGUAUUAUAGAAGUAUCGGAUCGGGACUCUGUAUCGGUAGAUACUCAAAAUCAAAUCACACGGACUCAAGGGCAAAAAAAACCUGAUCUGGACAUCCGUAGCUAUUACACCCAUGCGUUUCUGGGUGUGGCCAACAUAUGGUUCCUCGUGAUGGCCACGAUCACUGUGUGAAAUGUCUGGGCUGCUCUCCGGGCAACAAAGGUUACUGCGCGCUCCAUGGGUCAGGUGAUGUCCACUAUGGUUGUCCAGGAGCGCCACCUAUGGCUAAACAUGGCAGACAUGAGGGAGUCUGAUCGGACUCAGCUCCUCAACUCCCCAGUCUCUCAGGCUGGCCUCUAUGGUGACACGGUGGAGAAUUUUGCCCAGCAUUUCUCUGCCGCCCAGAAGCAGUUUGAGACCAUCAAGCAUAUUCUGCCCCAGUGGCCCACUGCUGCCUCCACACUGCCAUCGGCGCAGCCAACUCAGCCUGCUCAUCGCCGAGGGCACCCCCUAUGGUCUCCUUCACUCCCGCUCGGCCACAGCAGCAGCCUUCACCCCAGCCACAGUGAGGAGAUGGACACAGAAGGGCAGCACAGCCCAUCUCUGCCCCCAAACCUGCCAAUUGUCAGGCCAAGCGGCAUUCCUGAGAUGGGUGACCCGGAGUUGGGGAUGUCAGCUCAUCAGGAGAUGGUAGCAAGACCACUCCUUCCCCCGGAGGAGAGUCAGGGGAGAAUCCUAAUUUGGGAACAUUUCAGAGAUGCUCAGGUGGACCUGUUUGCCUCUCCACAGAAUCCCCAUUGCCAGUUGUUUUACUCUCUGACCGACGGCACUCUUGGGACAGACACUCUGGCGCACAGCAUACCCCCCAGCCUAUUUCUCUGUGGAAGGACCUUCUUUCUCAGAGUUGGGGCACUCUACUGAUUUUUGGAACCUACAUGUGUGGGUUCUUGAUGGAUCACAGAAGGUUUAGGUACAGUACCUUGCCACCUCACUUUGGCUAGAGCCUUGUCUACCAGACACACCUGUGCUUUGAAGUGGAACCUGGCUGUCUCCAAGCAUGAGGUUAUCCCACUGGAUAGUGGAUGCUAUUGUCCUGGCUUAUCAGACUUAAGAUUUGCCAUGCCCUCUAGGAGUGAGAGCUCACUCAAAUAGGAGUGUAGCCUCCUUAUGGGCACUGGCGCAGACAUCUGUAGAGCUGGGGGUUGGAUGACACCUAACACAGAUUUUAUUAUCUCUGUGUAGAGCCCGUGUCCUCCCAGGUACUCACCCCCUCGGACCACUAAAAGGACCUGCUCGCUUGCUGCGCCAUUCCACUCCACGGACUGGAUGUGUUCAAUAUUCUCCUCAGUUCAGAACCCGGGGUUCCUCCAGCAAUGUUGAUGUGCAGCACUUGUUCAUGCUCUAUUGGUCAGCCCCUGUGUUGGACUAGGUGCCUUCAUGUGUUGUCAUUCCCCUUUGGGGGGGGGGGGGGGCAAUCCCACGUGUGUAUUUCCACAGUAAGUCUCUUGGUAGUGUGUGUCUUUCCUUUGGCAAGCCCCCUUGCAAGCUCUGUCAUUGAAACUCCAACCCUGCCGGCUGGGUACCUCAGAGAUUCAUGUGUAUGAUCACCACACGGUUGAUACCUGUCUUUGUAAAUCCUCCUACAAGCAGGCAGCCUGCUAGCUUACGUCCAGCUGGAUAUGCUACCCAGUGCAUUCUGUGUCAGGUAUAGGCCCUCACUCAUGCUGGAGACUUGAAUGUGAGUUGCUGGCGCUGCUCCUUAUAUACCCACACAGCGGGGUGCAGCUCGUGAUACAAAUCGCACAGACCAAGGUACACUUUGUACUAUUGGCUGGUUUUGUUACCACUCAAAGGUGAUUGGGUUCUCGGGCGAGUCACUAUUUAUCAGUCUCUUUCUGAUGUAACGCCUCCGUUCCCUCCUUCAGGGAACGAACGUUACAUGCGUAACCUAGACAUUUCCUUGGUUUUCCACAAUGUGGUCUUAUUUUCCCAAAUCAUUGUACUGUAGCAAUAUUUAAAGAUAAUGUGUAAAAAUGUAAAAUAGGAACUGUUAUACGUGUAUCCAAAUGGAUAUAGUUUAUGUCUUUCCUGAGAAGUUAUUGUCAGCAUUUAAAGUUCAUGAUAGCACUUUAUUUUAAUUUAUACAUUUAUUAAAAUUCAUGGAAUUUAUUUUAUGCUUAUUCUGUGGUUUGUAAUGGAUAAUGAACUGUUUUUAUUGUUGAAAACAGGAAAGAAACAGCAUUGUUGUGCAACACUAACUAAUACAGAAGAACAUUUAUCACAUCCUUUCAUUAAUCACUUCCUUGUACUGUAUUGUGUUGAAAGUAAGGAAACAUCUUUAUUCUCAAUGCUUUUUGUUUGCUGAGCUAUAUAGACUUUUUUUUAGAAAAUUGAGAGAGUAUCCAUCCAUCCAAGUGUGUAGAAACUUCCAGUAUCUAAAUAAUAUAUCUAGUUAUAGAUAUGAUUUAGGAAUACACAUGACAUUCCUGGAUAAUUUUCGGUAUUGUGUUCGGCUAACCUGGUUUUAGUUAUGUCACAUUACUUCUGCCAUUCAUUAAGUGUACUUUAUUUUGGUGGUUUGGGAGCCUUACCUUACCUUAAAAGUGGAGGGAUGGAAAGACAGCUGCUGUUGUGGAUGGUUUAUUCCAGUUGAAACAUGUCUCCAUCUCUUAUUUUAUAUACAUAAAAAAUGUAUUUAUUGCUUUUUAUCCCACAGAUGUUGUGGUAUUGUGUUUGUCAGCUAACUUGCAUCUUGUUCAUACAUCGUUCAGAAAAUGGAAUAUGCAAACAUUUCAUGCAUAGAACAACCUCUCCCCAGAUUUUAAGAGAAUAUUGAGACCGAAAAUGCUAAAUAUGUCAGAAAUGAAAAUAAUGUAAUGUCUUAAAAAAUAAAUACAAGAAAUUCAUGUUUAACA